GUUCUUGAAGGAAAAUAUAUAGGAUUAAUUCUCGCUGUGUGCUCUAGCUUCUUAAUAGGCAUAUCUUUCGUAAUCACAAAGAAGGGUCUAUUAAUAUCCUCUGCGAAAAAUGACUCACAUAGAUAUCUAAAAAAUCCUGUCUGGUGGAUAGGAUUAAUAGUGAUGGUGUCGGGGGAAAUAAUGAACUUUAUAGGAUAUACAUUUGCACCCGCUAUAUUAAUCACUCCUUUGGGUGCAUUAAGUGUAAUCAUAGGUGCCAUAUUAGGAUCUGUGUUUUUAAACGAAAAAAUGGGGCCGAUAGGUAUCAUUGGAUGUUUAUUAUCUGUAAUUGGUGCAGUGAUUAUCAUUUUUCAUGCACCUGAAGACCCGGAUGUCCAAAGCGUACAAGAAUUGGUUGCAUACAUGUUAAAACCAGGUUUUUUGACAUAUGGGAUAAUAAUCAUACUAAUAGUUAUCGGGAUGAUUUGGAAAGUGGUUCCUAAAUGGGGAAAGACGUCACCUAUUGUUUAUCUGUCUAUAUGCUCACUGGUAGGCUCUCUGUCAGUAAUGACCAUUAAAGCAUUUGGUAUCGCUGUCAGAUUAACUAUAGCCGGGAACAAUCAGUUUAAUCAAGUGUCGACUUAUGUCUUUGGAUGUAUGUGUGUAUUAUUUAUUCUUACUCAGGUGAAUUAUUUUAAUAAGGCUCUAGCUUUGUUUUCAACCAAUGUUGUCAACCCUAUAUACUAUGUAUGUUUUACAACAGCAACUAUUAUAGCGUCUGCCAUUAUGUUCCAAGGGUGGCAUACAUCUAGUUACGCAAAUACGAUUAGUUUAAUCUGUGGCUUCAUGAUUAUAUUUUCCGGUGUCUAUCUAUUGGAUAUGGUUGCACCCAUGACAAAUUUAACUUCUUCUUCGCUCCUGGAACUUCCCUUUUCCUCUUCUUCUUGUAGAGUGUCUUCCAGCGUUGCUGUGAAUGAAAAGAGUAGCAUCUGGAACCAAGAUGCCACGGAUAAUUUACAACCUAAUGCAAUCAGGAAUAGACCCAGAGCUCUAUCUGUGUGAAAAAUAAAAAUAUUAUAUCAGCUUUUUGUUACAAAAACAUGAUUAAAAC